CAAGCGCUUGUCUCAUUUCACUCUGCGUAACCGGUAAGGAAAGUAGUGCGGUUUGUGACUGAUCUUUGCACGGCAGUCUUUAAAAAUAAUAAAUUAUAAAGAUAAUUCAAUUAAAGGUUAACGUAAGAUAGAUUUAAAUAAAAUACGUGAUUGUUACAAUGUUUUAGGUGAAUUACUAAUAAACUGGUGGCAUAAUAAACAAUUAUUACUUGACCGGAUUCUUCAAAUACGGUAGAUGGUACUGUAAGGACUCGACACAAUCCAGGACAAUCCUAAAAUGCAGCAGCAGCCAGUGAUGGAAGAAGGAACGGCUUAUGAGCCUCCAACUUACGAUGAAACAUUUCCGGAACUUCCGGGCUCUAGUAAUCAUGCUAUCAGCUUGAAUCCAUUACCUGUCAAUAACAAUAUGAGAGUUGGAUGUACUUCAGUUACAACGGUUUUUCAUGUUCCAUUAGAAGAACGCAAAUUUGAUCAUAGUGACAAAUUUGGUGAAAGCGAAUCCCUCCAUGAAUGCCAAAAAAUUAGAAAGGAAACUGGUACUCUUAUAGAAAUUUCGUCAUCAAAAAAUCAAACAUUGUCAUUUGUUAUAAGUGGAAAACAAAAUGAUGUUCUCGAAGCACGCCGACGAAUUCUUGCCGCCUUUCAAACGCAGACAAGUAGAACAAUAUCAGUUCCCAAAGAACAUCAUCGUUUUAUUAAGGGAAAACAACGUACGAAAUUAAAUGAACUUGAGCAGAGAACAGCAACAAAAAUUAAUGUGCCAGCCGCUGAAGUCCAAUCAGACUUAAUAACUAUCAUCGGAACAAAAGAAGGUAUAGAAAAGGCUGAACAUGAGAUCAAAGUCAUUUCUGAUGAAGCAUCUAAAAAAGCUAUUGAACGCGUAGUAGUUCCAAAGAUCUAUCAUCCAUUUAUUCGAGGUGCUUAUGAUGAAAAUUUAAAUGCUAUGAUGGCAGAGACAGGAGCUCGAAUAAACGUUCCACCACCAUCAGCACCGAACGAUGAAAUAACAAUUGCAGGUGAAAAGGAGGGCGUUGCUGCUGCUAAAAAAAUGAUUGAAACAAUUCAUAAAGACAUGGAGAAACGAUGCACUCUAGUAUCUGUCGAGGUGCCAAGGUCUCAGCAUAAAUAUGUGAUUGGUCCACAAAGGAGCACAAUUGCUGAGAUCUUACAGCUGACGGGAGUCAGUGUAGAAAUGCCAAGUGGUGAUUCACCAACGGGUACGAUAACCCUUCGAGGUCCACAAGAGAAAUUAGGCCAAGCUCUUGAUAAAGUUUAUGAAAAAGCUAACAGUGUACGUACGGCUACUGUUGAAGCUCCAUCUUGGAUCCAUAAAUAUAUUAUUGGACGUAAAGGUAGUAACAUUAAGAAAAUAAUUGAAGAUUUGCCAAAAGUUAAUGUUGAUUUUACUGAUGAUGUUGAUAAGAUUAAAAUUGAAGGACCCCCUGAAGAAGUUGAAAAAGUAAAGCAGCAGUUAGAAACCCAUGUAAAAGAUCUUGUUAAUAAAUUAUCUUUUGUAGAGGUUAAGGUAGAUCCUAUAUAUUUCAAACAAAUUAUUGGUAAAAACACUAAUAGACUUGAUAAAAUAAAAGAUCAAACGAGUGUUAUUAUAAAUAUUCUUGAUGGGAAUGAUGGACAAAAAAUUGUUCGAUUUGAAGGAAAUCGAACUGGAGUUAUUGAAGCAGAAUCUAAAUUAACAACGAUGAUCAAUAAAUUGGAAAAUGAAAAAGAAAAAGAUAUUAUUAUUAAUCAUCGACACUAUGCUAGUGUUAUUGGUAAGAAUGGCUUUAAUAUUAGAGAGAUUAGAGAAAAGUUUAAUAAUGUUAAGAUUAUCAUUCCUGGGCCUGAUGAAAAAGAUGAUGUUGUGAAAAUAAGAGGUCUUAAAUUAGAUGUUGAUAGGUGCCAUCAAUAUUUAAUGAAGUUGGCUAAAGAGCUUGAUGAGAACAGCGAUUGUCUUGAAGUGCCAAUUUUCAAACAAUUCCACAAGUACAUUAUUGGACGUGGUGGUGCUACUAUUCGUAAAAUUCGUGAAGAAACUCAAACAAAAAUUGAGAUACGGUCUGAAAGUAACGAUCAAGAAAUUAUUAGAAUACUUGGAAAAAAAGAAAACGUUAGAAAUGCUAGAGAUAUGAUAAAGAAAAUACAAAAUGAAAUGAGCAAUGUUAUUGAAGAAGAAGUGACUGUCCCUAAAAAUUUCAAUCUCCUUGGCCUUAACAAAAAAAUAAUUUCCUCCAUUACGGACGAUUGCGGAGGAGUGACUAUUACAUUUCCACCAGCGGAAAGUAAAAGCGAUAAAGUUACUAUUUGCGGUCCAAAGGAAGAUGUUGAGAAGGCAAAACAACAACUCUUAGAAUAUACCAAGGAUCCACACUUAUUGAUUUAUACUGAUACAAUGAAAAUUAAAUUAAUGUAUCAUAAAUUUGUAAUUGGCCGUCAAGGAUCAAAUAUUAAAAAAAUCCGUGAUGCAACUGGUGUAAGAAUUGUCUUUCCUUCUGAUAAAGAUGAUGAUCAAGAAUUAGUAACAAUUAUUGGAAAGAAAGAGUCGGUAGAGAAAGCCAAGGCUGAUUUAGAAAUUAUGCUUAAAGAAAUUGAGAACAUUGUUGAAGAUGAAAUCACGAUAGAUCCUAAACAUCAUAAACAUUUUUUAACUCGUCGCAGUGGAGUUUUGUCACGAAUCGUUGAUGAAUGUGGUGGAGUUCAAGUUUUCUUUCCUAAAGUAGGUAGUGAUAGUGAUCGAGUGACAUUAAAAGGCUCUAAAGAGUGUAUUGAAGCUGCAAAACAACGGAUGAAGGAAAUUGUUCAUGAGUUAGAAUCUAAAGUUACUAUUGAGUGUAUUAUUCCUCAGGUACAUCAUCGAAUUGUUAUGGGAUCAAGAGGAUGCAAUGUUCAAACAAUUACUUCUGAGUUUGAUGUUCAAAUUAAAUUCCCAGAGCGCGAGCAACCAAACCACGAAGAGCAACCUCAAGAACGAAUGAAUGGAGAUGAACAUGUUGAAAGUGAAAGCCAAAAUCCAUUACCUUGUGAUAUAAUCCGUAUUACAGGGCAGCCGGAAAAUGUUGAAAAGGCAAAGAAGGCUUUACUAGACCUUGUUCCAAUUACGGUCCAAGUUGAAGUUCCUUUCGAUUUGCGUCGGUUAAUCAUCGGUAAAUCCGGUCGUGAUAUUCGUACGUUAAUGUCGAAACAUGAUGUUCAUAUAAAAAUGUCUUCUGCUGAUGAUAAGAAAGAUUUCAUAGAAAUUUUCGGAGUUGCUGCUAAAAUUGAAGAAGCAAAGGUUGCUAUUAUAGAGAGAGUUAAAGAAAUUGAAGCUAUGAUGCAGGAACGAGCGCUUAAAUCAUUUGAAUUGAAAGUUGAAGUUAAUCCUGAAUUUCAUCCAAGGAUUAUUGGACGUGGUGGUGCUACUAUUAAGCGAAUUCGUACAGAUCAUGAUGUUCAAGUUGACUUUCCAAAGAAAGGUGAUCCUGAAGAAAAUAUUAUUACUAUUACUGGAUUUGAAAAAAAUACGUAUGAAGCAAAAGAAGAAAUUCUAAAGAUUGUCAGUGGUUUAAUUAAAGAAGAAAUUAAAAUUGACUCAUCUGUUCACUCGCGACUUAUUGGAGCUCGUGGCAAAAAUAUCCGAAGGAUAAUGGAAGAAUAUAAAGUUAAUAUUAAAUUUCCUCGUAAAACUGAUGCAGAUCCGGAUCUAGUCACGAUCUAUGGAACUGAAGAAAAUGUUGUGGAUGCUAGAGAACAUCUAUUGAAUUUGGAGUAUGAAUAUUUACAAGAUUUAGAAGAACGAAACAGGGCAAAUAGAAGCACCAAACGUGAAUCAGAGCGACCACUUGGCAGCAGUGAGAACGACUCAGGUUUCAUUGUAAAAGGUGGGCCAUGGGAACAACAAGCCCAGCCGAAAAGUGCGCCAGAUACAGCAAGUGUUGCAGAUUUUCCAACAUUUGUUGGUCAUGAUUCAAACCAAGUAUCCGUUGCCACUCCUGGAGGACCUUGGGGUAAACGUCGUGAUAUAGUUGCUGGGUCUCUUAAGUAAAACAUUUCAAGACGUAAAAAAGAAAUCUAGGUGAAAAACUUAGAAUUAUGAAUAAGAAUAAUAUUUUCCUCUGACAAAA